AUGUCACGGCUUUACGUGCUGGUAGCUGUCGUCACAAUGACGAUUAAUGUUUCGAUUACUUUAGAAAGGGUGAAACAUGAACUCGAUCAGAUUGACAAAUCAAUGAUUCGGAAAGGCACAGUUAAUUAUCAAAAUCAGGAUGUGCCGUUUACCGAUUCGUCGUCUGUAUUCUUUUUACAUCUGCUUAAGUGCAAAACGCGGUAUCAGAAGCUAGACAAGAUUUUCUCCACCACCGCCACUCCAGUAAGAGAUUGUAUCUGCGUACCUUUCUAUUUAUGCGACAGGAACCAGACUAUCAUCACCGAUGGGUCCGGAAUAUUCGACGAGCGUGCUGGCACUAAUCGGCCUUGUACCGGAGACUUGGAGGUCUGCUGCUAUCUGCCAGAUACAGUUCGCACAAAUGUGACACCUUUAGUUACAUUUCCAACUACAUCUUCAACAAAUGUAACUCCUAUGACACCUCCAGCUACAUCUCCAACUUCGUCAUCAAUGACAAUGCCUUCAAUGGCAACACCAACUAUGCCACCAUCAACACCUACUCCAACUGCAGCACCGACGACUUCUCCUAUAACCGCAUUGAACUGUACGUGUGUUAUGAUAUCGUUAUGUGAUCCUAAUGGAAUAGUCACCAUGUUCGGAGAGGGGGUAAUAAUUCCGCGGUACGGAUUGUGCCCCGACGACCUGAUUUGCUGCAGGAUAUUGGCGCAGCAAAAAAUAAGUUCUUCGCUCACGAUUACCAUAGUACCACUCACAGCUGUUACGACGACCAUAGUACCACCCACAGUCACUAUGGUAUCUCAUGGUCAGCAAAUGUGUUUCGUAUGCGAUAACGUCACUUUAUGUUUGACUUGCAUGGCCGUCAUUACAUCCGGCGGUGGUGCCAUGAUAGACCCCAGAGUUUCUCGGAUCUUGGCAGAUGGAAAUAUCUGCACGUCGACAAACAUACCGUCUUGUAUAAACAUGUCAGUCACGCCGAAUACGGACCUGGGCCAAUUGAAAAAUCCUGGUACAUCACAAGAAUGUUACUGCGUUAAAACCUGGCUGUGCUCUGAAGGGAACGCGGUCAAUCCGGAUGGUCUUGGUAUAAUUGAUUCGAGGUUCACAUUGUGCUCUUCGGCGGACCAGGUAUGCUGUCGGCUCAUAGGGAUCAAUCUUCAAAGCGUCUCCUCAUCCAGUGUUGUUGCGAAUGGAUCAUCCAAUCGUUCGACUUCGCAAAUCACUUGUGGUAUACAAAACAAUGGUUACGCACCAUCGCAACCUUUUCCCUCUGAUUCUGGGAAAACCUAUUUCGCUGAAUUUCCAUGGAUGGUCGCACUUUUCCUACAAUCUACGACCGACGGUUCUUACAGUUUUCAUUGCGGUGCUUCGGUGAUCAGUAAUGGGGCCAUCCUCACUGCCGCUCACUGCGUUGUAAACCGAAAACCUGAAAAUUUGAUUGCACGCUUUGGCCAGUGGAACAUAGGAAGUAAUAUUCAACCAUUGCCUAUUCAAGAAGCGAAAAUUGUCGCAAUAGCUAUACAUCCGUCGUAUUAUAACGACGGACUUUUCCAUGAUGUUGCUGUUCUCAUUUUGGCAAAACCAAUCAGUUAUAGCGCGAAUGUCUUACCAAUUUGCCUUCCCAAACAAGGUAAAGUCUUCUUGGCCGGGACCAGAUGCUACGGAAUAGGAUGGAGCAGCAAUUCAUUCGGAUCGGAAGGGCAAUAUCAGGUCGAGCUUCGAAAGGUGAAUCUUCCUAUCGUUAAUCGAGAAGAUUGUCAAACGCGUUUACGAAGCACGAAAUUAGGCCAGUACUUUCAAUUGCAUGGAUCGUUUAUGUGCGCCGGCGGUGAAGCGAAUAAAGAUACGUGCCGCGGCGACGGCGGUGGACCGUUGGUUUGUCAAGCAGCUUCAGGACAAUUUUUUCAGGCUGGUAUUGUAUCGUGGGGUAUUGGUUGUGGAGCUUCUAAUGUGCCUGCAGUAUAUGCCAGCGUACCGCAACAUCGUCAAUGGAUAGAUCAACAGUUUACGACUUAUGGCAUAUAA